UGUCUUUUUCAUUCAUCCACGUAUACCGUAUACGCCGGUUGUGUUGACAGAUUAUCACGAAAAUAAAAUCAAGUUGAUAAUAAUUAAUCGUUCACAAGGUUAAAUAUGGCGAGCCCUCGGACACGGAGAGUUCUAAAAGACUUACGCCUGAAAAAUGGAAAUAAUAGCUGUUAUGAAUGUGGAACACACAACCCUCAGUGGGCUAGUGUUAGCUAUGGAGUAUGGAUCUGUUUAGAAUGCUCUGGUAAACACAGAGGUCUUGGAGUUCAUCUCAGUUUUGUUCGGUCAAUCACGAUGGACAAAUGGAAGGACAGCGAGCUUGAGAAGAUGAAGGCCGGAGGUAACAAUACAGCCAGAGAGUUCAUCAAAGGUCAACCAGACUAUGAUCCUAACUGGUCAUUUCAAGAGAAGUUCAACAGUAAAGCUGCAGCACUCUUCAGAGAUAAGGUUCUGACAGAGGCGAAUGGCGAGACAUGGUCGAUCGAGACAUCUAAAGCGCGCAAUCACAUUCCAUACACUGCUAAGAAGAUGAACCUCAGCGCAGCAUCAUCUAGUUCUAUACAUCACUCCAACAGUUCACCCAGCUUUGGAGGAGGAAGAGGGGGAGGAGGGGGAGGAGGAGGAGGAGGAGGGUUGUAUAACUCUGGAGGUGCUGCGCAGCCAGGUGGUGGAGGUCACGGAUCUGAUGAUUGGGAAAUGCAGUAUGGAAUGUCAAAAUCAGAGAUAACUAAAAAUAAAGAAGAUUACUUUGACAGAAAGAAGGCUGAGAAUGCAAACCGUCCAGAUAAUUUACCUCCCAGCCAGGGGGGUAAAUACACAGGAUUUGGAAACACACCGAUGCCAACAGAAAACCAGUCUGAUGCUAUGGCAUCGUUAUCAUCGGGCUGGGCUUCAUUUACAGUGGGUGCAUCCAAGUUUUUAUCAGCAACAAAAGAAGGAGCUGUCAAAAUUGGCUCGGCAGCAUCGCAAAAAACUCAGGAGUAUGCUGCAAAGAUGAAUGAGAAUAUGAUCAAACCUACCAAAGAGAAGGUGAAUGAAGGAACGUUAUUCACUGAUAUAUCAACAGGAACUAAGAGUCUCGCAUCAAAGGUUGCUGUUAAUACACAGAAAGGCUGGACUGAUUUUACCAAGAUGUUCAGUGAUAAUCCAGGUCUUGAAGAUGACAUGAAUAAACCUUCAACAGGCACGCCUUUGAUGGGAGACCCAGUAGCAAAGGCACAGAGAGAAAAACUCAGAAACAUGGACCCCAAUAAGAGUGACACGCCUUUACUUCACGAUAUCCCGACCCCUCCCAGGACCCCUGAGGGUGACGGUGAUGACUGGGGGUGGGGCGUGGAUGAUGGCUGGAGGGAUCGCAAGGUGGAGGAGGAGGCGGAGAGGGAGCUAGAGGCGACGGCGGACGACGGAUGGGGGUCAUGGGGUAACGAGGGGACCGGAGGAGGAGGAGGAGGUGGAACUCUUAUUGACUUUGGAGAUGAGGACUCGAGUAGCAAGGUGAAUACUUCCAAGACAAAAUCGUCCACCAAGUCAUCGUCGAGCAAAUCCUCAUCAAGUAAGAAAUCGUCAUCGUCGUCGUCAUCGAGUACGAAGGCUGCUCAGGUGAACAGCGGGAAACCCAUCGCAUCGUUAGAAGAUACGUGGGACGACGCGGGAGGCUGGGACGAUGCAGCGUGGGAGGAGUUAGAGACCAAUCCAAAGAAAGACUGAUAUCCAAACAGUUGAGAAGUCCAGCGGCCCGUUUCACAAAAUUUGUCAUCAGUGACAAAUGACAGUGUUUGUUAUAAGCUACUGAAAUCCGAUUUGUCACUGAUUUUUGUCAUU